CUGAAUUGUUCUAUAUAAACGCAAAUUAUUUAUUAAUAAAAAUUAUUAUUCGCGUUUUAAAGUUAUAUUGUCAGUUCUAGAUUUUCAUUACUGCUGCAAUUAUUAUAAUCCUUGAAAAUGGAUUUCUAUUUUUAUUUUGUGUGUGUAAUUAUCAUACCUACGUUUUCAACUGGAAAUGAUGAUACAAAAAGACUAGAGUGUAUACUAAACACGAUUCGCGACGAUAACAGCAAGUUUCCCUUAACAGCUAUUAACGCACAUUUAGUAGAAAUAAAAUUAUAUGAGAAUGCUGUUAAUGGACUAAUAAGGCUUGAUACCUUGAGAAAACUCAAAAGUGAUUUUAAUUUAGAAUUUACGAAAUUUGACAAUAAUUUGAAGCACUAUUCAGGUGUUAUACCAGAUGAAAGAUGACCGAUGACGGUGAGAAAUGAACAGUUGGAAUACUUUACAUUAAAAUGUUGAAGACUACAAGGUAGUCGAUACAAACGGAGGCACUUGUUAUGUACACAAAGGGCACACAAUGGCGUAGACUGGUAUAGUAAUUAUACACCCACGACGAAUCACCAGGGUGAUUAAUCCAUUAGUGGGACUAUGAGCUAGGUGAACCAUAAAACCACGUAGCAAUGGUGGCGAGAACGCAAAACUCACCAAAGGGACCGAUAAUAGUUCGGCGAGACGCAAUAAUCACGUACACUAGCAUCCAACGCAGUGAAUCGCUCACACAACCGGUGGUGGUAGUGCGAGAGACGUUUUCGGUCAUAACAAUAAGAUGUAGCAAAACGCCCUCUCGUAAUGCGUACCCAACAAUGAGAACCAUGAAAUUGAGACACGACCUUGGUGUGUUGCGUUGAAACUGAAAUUUCUCAAUUUAUGUAUUCCAUGAGCUGGUACUAAGUAUACUGUAAUCGAAAUUAUAGAACUACUUGUUGAAUCAUUAUUACUCCAUGAAGAUGAUGUUUAUAAUGAGCUUUCUAAUGUUGAUGUAACAAAAACUGGAACAGUAACAAAAAAACAAGCAGAAGAAAUUAUAUCGAAAAGCGGAUUGUUUAAAGAUGAAUUAUCAAACAUUUUUAUUGAAAAAAUACUCAAUAAGUAUUCAAAUAACCAAAAUCAAUUCAAUUACAAAGGAAAAGAUAAAUAUGCCAUUUAAAUUACGUUUAAAGAAAAGUCGACAGUACAAUGUUGUUUCUAAGUCACUCUAUGUGAUUUGUGUAGAACUAUUAGACAGUACUUCCAUUGAAUGUACACUUUCUGCAGAAAGUGUUGGACAGGAAUGUUUAGAUAGUGUUUGUCAAAGACUAGGCUUGCAUCAGCCAGAAAUUUUGGGAUUACGCUACAUAUCAAGAAAUGGUAAUCCUCGUUGGGUUGAUUUAAGUAGACCAUUAAAGAGACAAUUGGACAAAUAUGCUUGCCAUUUUAGUCUAUACUUAAGAGUUAUGUACUAUGUAUCUAAUGUAUCUUUUAUCAAGGAUGAAAUGACUAGGUAUCAUUUUUUUCUUCAGCUUAAAAUGGAUGUUAUUGAAGGUCGAAUAAUUUGUGAUGCUGAUCAAGCAGUAUUAUUAGCAAGUUACAGUAUGCAAGCUGAAUUUGGAAAUCAUGAUUUAGAAAAGCAUACUUCUGAAUAUCUUAAAGAUUUUGCUCUUUUUCCUAAGCAUCUGACACAACAAGGGCGUCUGGAAAGUCUCACAGAAGCUGUUAUCUGUCAACAUUUAGCAUUAGCUGGUUUACCCCAAGGGACUGCUGAAGAAUAUUAUAUAGUUGCUGCACAACAAUUAGAAGGAUAUGGGCAGGAAAAAUUUCAAGCGAAAGAUGAUAAUGGAAUAGAAGUGACUCUGGCUGUAUGUCUCAAAGGAGUAACUAUACUCAAUCAAAACAAAACAAUAACAUUUUAUCAAUGGGAAGAUAUAGCAAAUGUCAUAAACCAUAAAAGAUAUUUUAGUAUAGAAGGACGACAUGACAAUUUUAUUCAGUUUCAAUUCAAUGAUGUUGAAACAGCAAAAUAUGUAUGGAAUAUGUGUGUUUUACAGCACAUGUUUUAUGGAUUACACGAAAAAAUUGAUAAUCCUGAUGAUAAUAAAGAUGAUGCUUUGAAAAAAUCUUUAGAGUUGCAAAUGGAUAACAAUAUUGACAGUAGUCGUGAUGAAUUAGAUACUGUUGAUACGCCUGACUCUAAUAUUUUAAGGGGGCCAUUUCCCUUGAAUGGUAUUCGUGCACAAUCAACAUCUUGUUUGGAUUUGUCAUCAACUCAAACCUGUGAUAAGUUUCGAUUUGAUAAAACUGGACAUAAAUCUAUAUCUAAAUUGCCAUCUUAUCGCUUGGCACCAGAUUAUGAAACAGCUGUUCAGCGUAAAUAUUUACAAGGAAAUUAUUACAACCAAACUCCAAAUUUAAUUCCUACCACAUCAAUAAGUCAUCAAGACAUAAACCUUCAUCAAUAUACCAAUGAUUUCAAGCAAUUUCCUGAUGUAACACAAGUUAAUAUGUCAACAACAGUUCAUCCCAGUCAUGGGCAAGCAUCAGAUUUAGAUAUAACCAAUCGUGAUUCUGAGUAUGUGCAAGUAUAUAAACCACCUCCACCAUACCCAAUUAGCAACAGUACACCAGAUUUAGCAAGAGCUUGUCCUUUAGGAUACAUGCAAAAUCCAGUUAGUGGAUCUAGUCCAGAUCUUUUGUCUUCUAGAGGAACACAUUUUCAUAUGAUACCAAAUCGUUAUAAUGCUAACCAAACACUAUCAAAUUCAGAUACUCACAGAACUUAUACAAAUUUAAAUGUUUUAGUUGGAUCAAGACAAAAUUUAAAUGAAUUUCGAAAUGGUUUCAAUGAUAAUAAUAUGAUGUAUUAUAUGGGUCAAUAUGGUCCUAUUUUAAAUCAACCUUUUACUAGCAUGCUUGCUCAUGAAAGACCUCAUAAUUGUAGUAAUGUUGUAGCUAAAUUUACUGAGCCUAUCUAUGAAAAUGUGCCGUUGCCAUGGAAUUCAAAAGAAAUUCGCAGUAGAGCUUCAAGUGUGCAGUCUGCUCCAGAAAUGAUAUCACCACCAACUAAGGUUUCAUUAAAGUUACAACCAAUACAGAAACCUUCAAAAGAAGAUAGUAUACCAGUAACAAUAAAAAAAGGAACUGCUUCAGUAAAAAAUUUAUCAUUAGAUAUCAGCAAUACUUCAAAUGUGUCUUCUCAACUUAACUCAACAACUAUAAGUCAUUCAGCAGAACAAUCUUUUGAUUCUUCGAAUCAAAGUAGUAAUAGUGGAACAUUGAAAAAAGAAAGAAAAAAUCGUCGGAUAUGGGCAGGUUUAUUAGGUGGUGCUGUUAAAAGUAAAACUUUAGGUAGAAAUGGUAAUGCUGGUACUCAAAGUGAAGAUAUCAAUCAACGGAAUUCUCGCUCUGCUACACCAACAGGACUACCCAUUCCAUCUACCAUAUCUAAGGAUACAAUGUGUCAAUUAUUGCAAAAUAAACUAGAAGAUGCUCAACUGUUUCAAGAAUUUGAUAAGAUUACAAAAGUUAAACCAAAUGCUGAAUUUUCUACUGCAUUUGUACUUGAAAAUUAUUCUAGAAAUAGACAUAAAGAUAUUCUUCCUUAUGAAGAGAAUCGGGUGCGCCUAUCUCCUAGUAAAGAAAACAGAUUUGGAUACAUAAAUGCUUCUCAUAUAACUGCAUCAGUUGGUAAUGAACAGAGGUUUUAUAUAGCUACUCAAUCUCCAUUACCAAGUACUGUUAAUCAUUUUUGGCAAAUGGCGUGGGAAGCUGGUGUUCACCUUAUUCUUGACUUAUCUCAACCAAAAUUUAAUUCUAUAGAUGAAAGCUUUGGUGAUUACUUUCCAACAGUUGCAGAUCAUUCUGUACAAUUUGGAGAAUACCAUGUAUGGCUUCAAUUUACACAAGAAACUGGUCAUUGUAUUACUAGUAAAUUUAAACUUCAGCAUAACUCAUCUAGGCGAUCAAGAAGUGUAUGGCAUUUGCAAUAUAACCAGUGGGCUGAACAGGACUGUCCAUUAAAUGUGUCACAUUUUCUUGGGUUUUUGGAAGAAAUGAGUUCAGUUCGUGAACAUACCAUAACUGAAAUACCCACAGGACAAAAUCGCAAUCCACCAGUCCUUGUACAUUGUAGUACAGGAGUUGGAAGAACAGGUCUUACAGUAAUAAGUGAUCUUCUAUUAUACACUCUAGAUCACAAUCAAGAGCUGGAUAUACCAAAAACUAUAUCAUUAGCAAGACAUCAACGUAUGCUUUUUUUAGAAACUGUUACUCAAUACAAAUUUGUCCAUUCAUUGCUCAUUUUUUACCUAAAAAAUUCACGUUUAAUUUAGUUUAUAGUUAUUAUGCUCAAAAUGUUAAUAAAUUUUACAGGGUCACAGUUAUUAUUGACUUAAACUUAAAUAUAUUUAUGUAUAUUUUACUCGUGUUUAUGUUAUUUGGUAUUUGUUAAAUGACAUCCAUUCAUGAACAAAUUUUUCUCUUAUAGAUAAUGUAAUUUAUAUUAUGAAUAUUUGUAUUGAAGUAUUAUUAUUUUUAGUUUUAAUUUGUAUACUAUUUUUUCUUAAAUGAAAUUAUUCAUUAUUGUUUUAAUUCUCUAACACUUUUUUAUAAGUUAUUAUAUGAAUUGAUAAGUAA